GCGAGCGAGCAACCCGCGCCGUCCGCCCGCAGCACCAGCCAGGCCCCGCCGCCGCCCCGCGCCCAGGCCGGGCCGAGCCGAACCGAGCUGGGUCGGGCCCGGGCCAUGCUGCUCACGGUGUACUGUGUGCGGAGGGACCUCUCCGAGGUGACCUUUUCCCUCCAGGUCGACGCCGACUUCGAGCUGCACAACUUCCGCGCGCUGUGCGAGCUCGAGUCCGGCAUCCCCGCCGCCGAGAGCCAGAUCGUCUAUGCCGAAAGGCCUCUCACAGACAACCACAGAUCAUUGGCGUCUUACGGCUUGAAAGAUGGGGACGUUGUGAUUUUACGACAGAAGGACAAUGCAGACCCUCGGCCUUCAGUGCAGUUCCCAAACCUACCCCGGAUAGACUUCAGUAGUAUAGCCGUGCCUGGCACAUCGAGCCCCCGGCAGCGCCUGCCUCAAGGAGCACAACAGCCCCACUCAUCUCCUGGAGAAACGACAUCCUCUCCUCAGGGCUUGGACAACCCUGCCCUGCUCCGAGACAUGCUGCUGGCCAACCCACACGAGUUGUCCUUGCUGAAGGAGCGCAACCCGCCCCUGGCGGAGGCACUGCUCAGUGGAGAUCUUGAGAAAUUUUCCAGGGUUCUAGUAGAGCAGCAGCAGGACCGAGCCCGGAGAGAACAAGAAAGAAUUCGUCUCUUUUCUGCUGACCCCUUUGAUCUUGAAGCUCAGGCAAAGAUAGAAGAAGAUAUAAGGCAACAGAACAUUGAGGAGAACAUGACCAUAGCCAUGGAAGAGGCUCCGGAGAGCUUUGGCCAAGUAGUGAUGCUCUAUAUCAACUGCAAGGUGAACGGACACCCUGUGAAAGCCUUUGUUGACUCAGGUGCCCAGAUGACCAUAAUGAGCCAGGCUUGUGCGGAGAGGUGUAAUAUAAUGAGGCUGGUGGACCGUCGGUGGGCAGGGAUUGCCAAAGGAGUGGGCACCCAGAAGAUUAUUGGAAGGGUACAUCUAGCUCAGGUUCAAAUUGAAGGUGAUUUCCUGGCAUGUUCUUUCUCUAUACUUGAGGAGCAGCCCAUGGACAUGCUUCUGGGACUAGACAUGCUUAAACGGCAUCAGUGUUCCAUUGACCUCAAGAAAAAUGUACUGGUGAUCGGCACCACAGGCUCACAGACCACCUUCCUUCCUGAGGGAGAGUUACCAGAGUGUGCCCGGUUGGCAUAUGGGGCUGGGCGAGAGGAUGUGCGGCCAGAGGAGAUUGCAGACCAGGAAUUAGCAGAAGCCAUUCAAAAAUCAGCAGAAGAUGCAGAGAAAAGUGGUAAAGAAUCUACCUCACUGGGAAUGUCAUCCUUACCAACUUCAGAUGGAUUGAACCAUCCAGCCCCUUCUUCAGGACGGAGUCCUGAGAUUGGCAAUCCUACGAGUCUUGCUCGCUCUGUCUCUGCUUCGGUCUGCCCUACCAAGCCCAGUGACCCAGAUAGCAUCGAACCUAAAGCUGUGAAGGCUUUGAAAGCUUCAGCUGAAUUCCAGAUAAACUCCCAAAAAAGAGAACAUCUUCCUCUGCAAGAUUUUUCUGGUCCUGCUUCCUCUACAGACCAGUGUCCAGCUAUGCCUUUGCAUAAUUCAUCAGAAGAAGCAGUUGUUGCAGAUAAUCUGGAGAAAUCUGCUGAAAGAAGCACCCAGGGCCUCAAAUGUUGUCUCCACACAAGACAGGAAGCUAGUUUAUGUGUCACAGCUACAAGGAUGCAUGAGUCACAGGUGGCUGUAGGUGAAAAGAGUCGGCCUCCAGAAAAUCAGAACCUGAGUCAAGUAAGUGGCUUUCAGCCUCACGAAGAACCAGAGAACGAACCACAUGAAGCUGUACAGCAUGAUGCUCCACGUGACCAAGAACAUCUUUGUGACAUGAGGGACCUUCAUGAACUUCCUGAAGAGAGGCAACAGGACCAACAAGAAAUAUCUUUGGAAACUACAAUGAAGGGAGAUGGGCUACAGCAGAGUGUGGAUCUUCAAAGUACAAAAGAAAGUUUCCUACUUUCAGGACGCUUUGGCUGCACAGAUUCAGAAACGCUUAUGGAAAUAGAUGUAGUCGAACAGUCCCUAGUUGCUGUUCUUAACUCAGCAGGCAGCCCCGAGAGUGUUGGUGCAUGUGACCUCCCUUCAGGUAACCCCCUGAUGGAAGUAGAAACAUCAAAAUGUAACCCCUUGCCGGGAAGUCUCAAUAGUUCUGUUUCCACUCAGGAUUUACAGCCCCCAGAAAGCAGUGCUGAAAGGUCUGGGACAAACAACGAAUGUAGCAGCUACCCCCACUCUGUGGAGUCAGCAGAAGAGUCUUGUUCAUCUGUAACAGCAGCCUUGAAAGAGCUUCAUGAACUUUUAGUCAUUAGUAAUAAGCCAGCUUUUGAGAGUGUGUCUGAAGAAGUUGUCUGUCAAUCAGAAAAAGGAGCCAAAAGCCAAACAGGUAUUAAGGGCUUUUCAGAAAGAUGGACCCAAAAUGAGCAUCUGAGCCACAGUGAACAGUGUUCACAAGUCUCCUUUUAUCAGGCCAGGUCUGUAUCAGCGGAGAUGGAAAACUUGGGCACUGUCCCUGGAACUGGAAUAGAAGGUGUAGGAAAUACUAACUUCAGGGGUCCAGGUGAUAGCCUGUUGGCUGACAAGGAAAGUGUCCCCAAAUCUAAGGAGUCAGGAAGUGAGAGCAGCUGUGUCACUGUACCCUCAGCUGAAUCAUCUAAUCAGUUACACUGUACCUUAGGUGCAGAAAUUUCAUCCAAACUUGUAGCAGGUGAGGAGGAUGCACUCAGUCAGACUUCUGAGCAAACUUCGCCAUCCAGUUUCAUUUUGGUUAAAGACUUGGGUCAGGGCAGACAGAAUCCAGUAACAGCCAGACCUGAAACCAGAGAAAAUGUCUGCCCUGAAGCUGCAAGGCCGUUUCUCGAAUUAGAGCCACUUACCAGCCAUCCAUCAAGUCCCUCCAUUCUUCCACCAUUAGUCUUUCCUGCCACAGAUAUUGACCGGAUUCUCCGCGCCGGCUUUACUCUGCAGGAAGCUCUGGGGGCUCUGCAUCGAGUCGGUGGAAAUGCAGACCUUGCACUUCUUGUUUUGCUAGCAAAGAACAUUGUAGUUCCUACGUAACUAUGGGAAGGUGGGCUAGCCCGUACUCCAUUCCCUUAACCGAAGCUCCCUACACACACACUCACAUCAUAUACACACACACAGUACAUGUAGAGACCUGCAAACAGAAUGUUGAGCCAGAUUUUUUUUUUUAAAGAUUUUUUUCGGCCAAAGUAAUUUAUGAUCUCUUGUCUGAUGAAUUUGUCUAUAUUACUUGUUAAAAUUUGGGCCUUUUUAAAUGUAUUGGCAGAAUGUGCAUACAAAAGCUUUUUAUUCUCUGAAGAUGAUGUAUUCUGGAAUAAAAUGGAGGUUUUGUGUAUAGCAUACCAUUUUAGAAUGAGAGUGAAUGCUUUGAAAAGCAGAAGCCAUGAGAACUCCCACCACCCAGGCAACAGAGACUGCCCGGCUUCAUGCCGCGGCCGUGCUGUAGGCAGGGAUGGCUUGUUGACUCAGUCGUCAGUGUAGAAACUUGACCACACAGUUUGGUGUUUGGAAUCAUACCCAUUGUCUAUGUGUCAUGAUUAACCAAUUAUAAUAGGAAACAAAUAAUUCAGUUAAUUUCCUAGAGCAGUAUGUUUUUAUUUGUGUACUCAGGCUUUGACAUUUUAAUAGGGUGAGCAGAAGGGUUUGAAGCUCAGGCUGCUUUGAGCAUCACAGGCUGCUGCGUGAGUUGCUUGCCAGGUAUCUUACGACAUUGGAUGGGGUAUGGUGGAGGGAUUAAUGUUAGUGUGAAACACGGUGCUACCCAGAUUUAAAAAGGGAAGGAAGAAAGACCCAAUCGUAGCUCCCUUUGUAAAUGUCAAGGACUGAAUGAAUAGGUAAACACUGGAACUUACUAGAGAUUGGGUUUGUGCGCAUCUCACUGACAUCUCAGCCCUUAAUGACUGAGGAAGAAGGCAGAUUCCACCAACAAGUUGAAUGCCAGCAGCCUACUUCAUUUCUAACCUGGCUUCUAGGAAGUUUAAGAGCUCGCUUUGGACUGUGAUCUGAGCAUAACACUGAAGUGUGAUAGGUACCUUGUCUCUGGUUCAUCUUGGUGCUUAGAAUGGUCAGUCUGUUUGUCCUUUGUGGCAGUGAAAAUAGUAAUUGUAGUUUCUGACCCAAGUGGCCUUGGUAGAGUUUUCCAUCCCUUUCUUUCCUCAGGAGUUUCUUUUUAAGCAAGACUUAUAUUUAUGUUUACCAUGUCAAGUUAGAGUGGGGCAUAAUGUAUAGACGUAUUUAUUGUGGCCUUUUUUAAUAUAAAGACUAGCCCUUGGAAGUCAUUGUCCUGUGGGCCCCACUGUGCAAUAAUCCUAUUGGAUAGGUUUUAGGUAACUUUUCUGGAAAAUAAACUGUUCUCCUUGGACCUAGCAGGAAUCUGAAAUCUUGGUUUUCUUGAAAAGAAUUUUGAGAAUGAUAAUCCCUGACUUCAGGUUAUAGUUUGCAACUUGUUUGAACCAGAAGCUUUCAAAGAGUGAUUUCUGAUCUUCAUGUUAAAUGAUUUUGUCUAAAAUCUCUCUCUGAAAACUCAUUCUUCCCAUCAGAAUUCAAGUCAUUGAGCACAACCAAAAUGGAGGCUCAUAUCUCAGGAGCUUUUGAUUAGAACUUUAAUUUAGGGGUGCUUAGAGGCAUUUCCCGACUCCCCAUCCCAGUUUCUUUUUGCUGUGUUUGUAUGUGUGCUGAGAGAGUUCAGCAGGGGGAUGGCAAGUCACAUACAUGAUCCUUUCUAAAGUGAGCAAAAGGCUGACGGAAAGAGUCAUGGUUCACUGCUUUCCAGAGGGUGCCCUGAACAGCAGGUCAGCCAGUUGCCCUUAGGGUGCUCCUAUCGACAGCCACAUGUUGUGGACCCUUUGCCUGCCCUACACCAAAGAUGGGAGAUGCACUAGGAAACUGCUCAGAGGGUUUGUCGGCUGACUCUUCAAGCUGUGAUUGUACUGAGGAGUUGGUGCUAUGAUUGAGACAAAUUCCAGCAGCAAUGCAGCAGGGCCCUUUGUCUGCUUGAUGGGUAGUGGUUUGGGGGUAUCUCAAGCCUAUAAAUCCUUGGGACCGCAGGGUGGGGGGGGGGGGGGAAUUUAUUGAUGAUAGUAGACUUCUCUCCAAAGGCCCUCUGGGAAGAUGGGCUCACAGCUUGCUUGGUGAGCCAUGGCCACUGAGUUUUUACAACAUGGAUAUUUGGGAAUUACUUCCAAGUGGGAUAUGUAAUAUCAGUCUGGAAAAAGAUUUCAUUACAGUAGCUUUUUAUGUAUGUAUAUGUAUAUUUAUUUUUAGGAGAAAAUCAAAUAGACCUGUAGUCAUAUAGUUAUUAGGAGUACUAUAAAUGAGCUUAACCCACUUGCCAAAUAUCCUCGUCCCUUUUGUCAUUUUCUUUCAUAGUUGCUUUUGAUUUUUAAAAUCUUUAUCCAUUUGUCUAAAAAUAAAGUUGACAUUGUUAGGGCCUUCGAGUGACUUCUGGAACAUGCAGAGGGUAUUACGGAACAUUGCACUAGUGAACCUUCAUUGUCCCAUUUUUAUUCAGUGUUUAGCAUUUUAAGAACUCGGAAGUCAGGCACGAGGUGCACAUCUGCAGUCCUAGCAGCUCAGGAGCCUGAGGCAGGAGGAUUGCAAGCUUAAGGCCAGCCUGGGCAACAUAGCAAGUCCCUGUCUCAAAAAGGGCUAGGGAUGUAGCUCAGUAAGGGUGCCCCUGGAUUUAGUCCCUAGUACCGCAAAAAAAAAAAAAAAAA